AUGCGUCUUGCUAGUCUCUCGUUCUUGCUAUACUCCCUGUCCCUCGUGGCCGUCACUUCGGGACAGAGUGCUGUCGUCUCCGAUAUCAGUGACCUCGUGACGUCUGAAAGCUCAGCUCCCUCUGCUACAUCCACUUCAGAGUCGACUUCUUCGUCUUCUUCGUCCUCCGAAUCGGAGACUCCUACCACCACCUCGGAAGCAUCUACUUCGGCCUCGUCUACAUCAGAAUCAGAAACCACUCCCACAUCAACUUCUUCCUCAUCUAGUUCGGAUACCACGACUACCGAUGGACCGUCCUCGACCUCUGCUACCACUACCAGCGAUGCCACUACUACGGGCCCCACGAAAACCGGCGCGACUACCACUUCGAAGCCCAGCACUACCUCCCAGGUGGUAGUGGUUACGACCGUCCAGACCAUCAGUGGUACUCCUGUUCCCACAACCAUGAGUUCUACCUCUGUCAACACCAACGCCGCUGGCGAGGCCACCAGUUCUCCGGGUCUCAAUGAAGAUUCCAGCUCCGAUUCGGAUGGUGGUCUCUCCGAAUCGAACAAGAAAGUCGUCAUCGGUGUUGUCGUCGGUGUUGGUGGUGCCAUCGUGAUCGGUGUUAUUGGAUUGGUCUUCUGGCGCCUCCGCUCCAAGAAGAACCGCGGCGAUUCCGAUGAAGCUGCCGAUCUCAUGAGCGGUACCCCGGUCGGUGCUGGUGCUCGUGAAAAAGCACCUAGCCCCGGUGCUGGUGGAACUCCAUUCAGAUCCACUUUGGACCAAUACCACAACCCUGGUCCCGUCAACGCGGCAUCGAACUUCUAA